ACUCUGGAUAAGCAGGAAAGGACGUCUCAACUUUGGAAGUGAUUUCAUGUACUUGGAAGCUCUUGGAUACAAGAUGCUGACACAUUUGUCCCUUUUUUGUUGUUUCGUUUGCACUGUUUAUAUGUUAUGCAUUACAGAGUUAACAGGGUAUGAGGGCCAGCACUCCUCUAAAGUGUUUCUAAGCUCAUAAACCUCAGAAUCUGAUGUGAUUAGCCUCACAUAACCCCGUAGGCCUGUGUGCCCUUUUGUUAUAAAUCUCCACCAUUUUCUGAUGAGAUGCAGGAAGAGUAGAAAUAAAGGAUGAAUUGUACAAUGUAUGUUUGGUGUCCAGACAGCCUUGCCACUAAGAUACCUGCAUUGAUGGGGUUAGGGAGUGUGGAGCAGGGACUCAGGAAAACUCAGGUAGCAGAACCCAAGGAAAAGAAAGCAUUUAACUUCAGGUGGAAAAAACCAUUCCCUCUUCCCUCUCAUUCAGCUUCUGCAAAGUUUUAAUAAAGUGAGCAUUAUUUUUAUUAUUUGUUUGGUCUUUUGUUAAGUUUUUCCUAGUUUAUGCCCUGUGUAGUGGUGGUGGCAGCAGCCACUGGUACUUGAAGGCAGCUGUCCCCAACCUUUUUGGCACCAGGGACUGGUUUCGUGGAAGAAAGUUUUUCUAGGGACCAGUGUUGGGGAGGGGAGUGGGGGUGGGGAUGGUUCAGGCUGUAAUGCGAGCGAUGGGGAGCCGCAGAUGAAGCUUUUUGCUCACUUGCUCACUCGCUCGCUGCUCACCUCCUGCUGUGCAGCCCGGGGGCGGGGGGUGGGAUGUGGGGUGUGUUGGGGACCCCUGCUUUAUAGGUUCAGAAAGAAAGACUUUUAAAAAAUAUAUAUUUACUUAUUUUGACUGCUCCGGGGGUCUUAGUUGCAACAUGCAGGAUCUUCGUUGGGGUGCGUGGGAUCUUUUUAGUUGCUGCAUGCGGGCUUCUUAGUUGCGGCAUGCAAACUCUUAGUCGUGGCAGGCAUGCGGGAUCUAGUUCCCUGAUCAGGGAUCGAACCUGGGCCCCCUGCACUGGGAGCUUGGAGUCUUACCCACUGGACCACCAGGGACGUCCCAAGAAAGACUUAUAGUAGUGUCUUUAAUGAAUUGUACUCCUGAGAAUAUGGACAGUAUCAUUGUAAUCUUAUCCUACAGUCUUUUUAAUUGUGGAAAAUUUCAAAUAUUAAAAAGUAAAGAGAAUGGUAUAAUUUUUUUCAUCAUCUGGCUUCAAAUAAUGGUCAACUCUUGACCAAUCUUGUUUUAUCUGUACCCCUACCAAUCACACUGGAUUAUUUAGAGGCAAAUCUCAGAUGCCAUAUUACUUCAUAGGUGUUUAUGUAGCUCUAAGACAUUUAAAAAAUUUAACCACUGCUAUUAUUGCACCUAAAGAAAUGAAUAACUCCUUAGUAUCAUCAAAUAUUCAGUCAAUGUUUAAAUUAUCUCAUAAAUGUGUGUUUUACACUUUGUUCCAAAUCAAGAUCUGGAUGCAAUCUAUGCAUUGUUGUUGGUUGAUGUGUCUCUUAAGUUUCUGAUAACCCAUAGGUCUCUCUUUCCUUCUUCCUAUGUACUGUUGCACUUUCACUCCCUUGCAGUUUAUUACUUGAAGAAAUCAGAUCAUUUUUUUCCUAAAGAGUUCCCAGUCUGGAUUUUGCUAACUGCAUCCUUGUGAUUACAUGUUCCUCUAUUCCUAUAAUAUAAUGAUUAGACAGAGCUGUACUGUUUAAUAUGGUAGCCAUGUAUGGUUACUGGGGACUUGAAAUUGAGUUUGAACUGAAAUUGAGUUUGAUUUGCCAUGUACAGUUACACAUGUGGUUCACAUGUUUCUAUUGGACCACUCUGAUCUAAAGGUUUGAUGACAUUAAGAUCGGGAUUUUCUGGCAAGAGUAUUUCAUAGACCUGGUGUGUACUCCGUUUAGGAGGACUAAUUGGUUGUCUUAUUUUGUGAUCUUAGCAGCCAUUGACAUUCAAGACCUAGACACACUCAUUUGGAUUUGCAAAAUAGUGAUCGUUUAAUUAUGCCCUUAUUUCUUUAAUUAUCAGCUGGAAUAUACUAAAAGGAGAAACAUCCCCUCAUCAACUAUUUGGUUACCCUGGGGUACAAUUUGUAUAGAAAAGGCAAAAAAAUAAAUACAUGAUUUUAUUUACUAGUUUUCAAAAUAAUGAGGUAGUUCCAUAGCAUCCUCCAAAAGUUACCAGUGAAUUUUUUUUUAAGUAUCAUUAUGAACUCAGAUCUAAAUGUAUUUGUCUUUUAGUCCAUUGUUUUUAUCUUUUUUUAUUGAUUGCCUCACCUUUGGCCAGUGGGAGCCUCUUUUAACUCCACUCCUGAGUUCCCACUUAAUCCCAGUAUUCUGUUCCAAGUUUAUCUUGCACAUUUCCUAUCCCUGACCUAUACCUAUAUUCUCUAUGUAUUGAACAUAAAUUAAUGAAAAUAGAGAAUUAAACUCUUUCAAAGACUAACUAGAAAUGUGUUGAUUCAUCAUGUCGUAUAUGCAAGAAAUUUGUUUAUCUUGACAAAUUUCCAGGAGACCCUGGAUAUGUGAGAAACUCUAACAAAAGCGUUUAUUUUUAAGAAAUUAGGUAAAUACAGGGAAGAUUGGAAAAUGAAAGAGAUUAGUUGUAUGUUAAAUACUAAGAGUGUUCAACGGGAGUGCCUGAGUUUAUGACAUCAAAGAAUUUGCUACAGCCACCCAACUUAAUCACUUUAAAACCAUUCAUGUUCCUAUGUCCACGUGACUUUCGUGCAAGGAUGUAUCAAGAAGCUUAGCUGAGAUUAUACCAUCUGUUGUAGCAAUUCACUUCUACAAGUUUUGUCUACAGAGAAGCUAUCCUGGGAAUUACAAGGCUAGUACCUCCAGUGCAGUGUUGAACAGAAGAGAUGAUGAGGACAUCUUUGUCUCAUUUCCAAUCUUGGGGGCAGCACGGGCCUUUCCCUUCCUGGCUCUGUGGGGCUCCGCGAAGUCACCACAUAGAAGAGCAGUGAGCCAUUUGAGACCUGGGCCUGGUCCUCAGGAAUUCGCUCUCUCCCUGCCAGCAGGAGGCCUGCCCCAGCCCUGCUCAGCCAUCUCCACCAUCUUCCUCUGACAGAAUGAAUGCCCUGGAUGGUGUCCCCUUCAAGGUGCCCAAGGGCUUUGUGAUAGGCACAGAGCCCCUCCCUGGGCCAGAGCUCAGUGUCCCAGACUGCAGGGAGCUUCUGCUGGGUUCUAUGUAUGACUUCAGCCUGGAGAGGAGGGCACUCUUCUGGGUGGAGGCUGUAGUCCGGGGACCCUGCCAGGUCCAGUGCGAUGCCCCGGGGUCAGCUUCAGCCCCUCCCGCCUGGCUCUUGCUGGUCAGCCCUGAGCAAGGGCUGGAGCCCAUACCUGCCGCAGCGGAAGGUCCUGAGGCUAGACCGCAGGAGCAACCUGAGGAGGAAGAGGUGGAGGAGAAGAACCAGGAUGAGGAAGAAGCCUUCUCUGCCAUGGAGGAAGAGCCGGAUCCCUGCAGCCCCCAGCCCAGCUCCUCGGCGAGCCCCAGCCUGAGCCAACACCGGUGCUCGCUGGAAGUGCUGCGCGGCGUGAGGUCGGAGCUGGCCGGGGCGCGGCGGCGGCUCUCUGAGUGCAGGCUGGCCGCCCGCCCCCGCAGUCUCCUGCACCGCAUCCGCCACCGAGCUCUGAGCCUCUGCCCUGGCACCACGUCACCCCUGGGCCCGGCACUCCCGCUCCCCAGCGCCCCAGUGCCACCCCCGGGCCCCGAGUCAUCGCUCCCCAGCACCCCUGCGCUGCCCCCGCGGCCCUCCACGGCUGGCGACGUGCCCCCGCUGCGGAGCCACAGGCCCGUGGUUGUGUCCCUCAGCCCGCAUACCUGCCUGCCACCUCCUGGGCAGGUGCCCCAGCCUCUCGCCACCCACAGAUUGCACCCUGAUUCUGCUGAUUUGCUGUCCGCCCUGAGCCAGGAGGAGCAAGACCUCAUCGGGCCAGUGGUCGCCCUGGGGUAUCCCUUGCACAGGGCUAUCAUGGCUCUACAGAAGACUGGGCGGCAGAGCCUGAGCCAGUUUCUCAGCUACCUUAGCGCCUGUGACCGGCUAUUGCGACAGGGCUACGAGGAAGGCCUGGUGGAUGAGGCCAUGGAGAUGUUCCAGUUCUCCGAGAGCCAGGCAGGGGAGUUCCUGCGCCUCUCAGAGCAGUUCAGAGACAUGGGCUUCCAGCAGGACCGGAUCAAGGAGGUGCUGCUGGUCCACGGCAACCGCCGUGAGCAAGCCCUGGAGGAGCUGGUAGCCUGCGCCCAGUGACCCUGGACGCACCUCGCGGUGCCCACGCAUCCCUGGCAGUCCCUCCUGACUGUAUUAUGAAGACCACAUAAGAAUAACAAAUUGAUGCAUACUCGUAAAAAUGCAAAUGAUGCCAAGGGUGGGAAUAAAUACUGUAAAGGAGGCAAAACUUUAGCCAUCUUAGGAUUUCAACUGGGGCUCUUUAACAAAAAGAUUAACAAGAGAAAAAUAAAAGUUUAUUAAUGCAUGUGGCACAUAUCAUGCCUGAGAAACUUAAAUGAAAAGUAUCUCAAAGUAGCAGUUUAGAACUCUGGCUUAUAUAGCAUCUUCAACAAAGAACAAUAAAUUUGUAGAGAAAUGAUAGGACAAAGGAAAACAGUUUUAGGCUUCCAAGGAUGGCAAACUGUGGGAAGGUAAAUAUAUGGGAGGGAGCUAAUGGAGUAAGGUUGGUUUGUAGGCUCCCCUGGUACAUUUCUGGGCUGACAAGAAUCUGUCUCCAGAAAAGGAGAAUUUAUAUCCUGCCUUUAAGCAGAAAAGAGGGGAAGGGUAGAGAGCUUUUCCUGCAUUUGCUGCUUCUUAAUUGCCUUCAGCUCAAAAUAAUUAUGUCAAAGAGGCAUAUUUUGGGGUGACAGUCUGGUUUCCUUCAAUACCAAAAGAAUCAGCUAAAAGAGUUGAAAGUGGUUCCUUGCGGGGAGGGGCAGAUGGAGUUGCAUAGGCGAGGAACUGUCUUCAUAUAUGCUGUGUAAAAUGACCUAUAUUUGAUUCUUUAAACUAUGGGCAUUAGUAACUUUGAGUUUAAGAAAAUUAAAACAAAUAAAUGAUGUGCAGUUCUUUGGAUCCUGUA